CACCAAUGUCAAAGCAACUAGCAAACCUCACGUUGACAUAAGUGACCGUGGGUUGAGUUUCUGCACUGAGGUUAUUACUCAGCUGUGUGUCAAUAGAGGGAUUUUUUUCUCAGACUGUCCCUUUACUUUGAAUACAUCUGUCUUUUAUGUAGUUUUUGGUUUUUCGGGUUUUUAGUCGCGGUCUGUCGUUGGAGAAUCUAACCGGUCAGGAUGCGCCUCACGUUGCAAAUGUUGAUCUCCCAUGGCCGGGUGGCCCGAAAGAUGGGGUUGGGCCCACAGUCACGGAUCAACAUGCUCCGGAACAUCCUCACAGGACUGGUCCGGCACGAAAGGAUAGAAACCACCUGGGCCCGAGCAGAUGAAGUCCGCUUCUACGCCGAAAAGCUGAUUGACUAUGCCAAAAAGGGAGACACUGAUGAGAAGGCGAUGAAAAUGGCCAGUUUUUGGUUGACGGAAAAGGAUCUGGUCCCAAAGCUCUUCAAGGUCCUGGCUCCACGGUUUGAGACGCAGUCAAACAGCUACACACGGAUGGCACGUUUACCGAACAGACAGAACUUGGACAGAGCGAAGAUGGCCGUCCUGGAGUACAAAGGCAACCCUUUCCCACCUCUGUAUCCUGUAAAGAAAGAGAAUGAACUGACGCUCAUCAACCAGCUGCUCAGAGGCUACAGAGAGGACAGAGCCAAGCAGUUAGCUGCAAAAGCAUAAGUCAAACCAUCACAGCAUUUGGAUCUGUGUUUAGUAAAGAGUGACGGCUGAUUGACUGAAAGACCCCUUGAUCUGAUCCUGCAGAUAUUUGGUGUCUUGACACUCGUGCAUUUCAUCACCGAAGGACACAAAAGCAACAGUGUCAACUGAUGCUGAGACCACCUCUGUAAAAGGACAUUCUGAUCGAUUGUUUAUUAAUAAAUGUGCUUUCCGUAACAAAA